AUGUUCAAUUUUCAGAACUUUGACGAAGUCUUUCCGGAAGACCCAGACUGCUGCUACGACGCGAAUCUAUGUCAGGCGAUUACCUCAAACAAGAAGAAGAUGCAAGGUUUGUUUAUUGAGAAGGUGAUGAAGGAUAUCGGUAUCAAAAGACCACCGAAGCUGUACCCUCCAAAAGAUAAUGAUACCUUACGCAAUUUGCACAAAGAAGUCAUCAAAAGCAAUUCGCCAGAGCAGCACAAAAUCUCCAUUCUUUACUACGUUCUAUUACACCUAGAUGCGCCGACCGGAAGAACAGAUCAAUCGACGAAUUUUGCUCGAAGCACUUUUAUGCCGGAGAUGUAUCAGAUAACUAUGAAUGGCUUCUGGCAUAUGGAUCAAAUGGAAUUCGAGAAUGCAAUUGAAUACCUCACACAUCCAUCUCUCAUACCUACUUAUUGUGAGGAUAUUCUAGAAAUCCUUGCUCGAAAUUCAAAAGACGAUCACAGGCUGGCAUUGGCAUAUUACCAUACAGUUAAGCCUGCUCUUACAAACAAAAGCUCUACAGAAUGCCUGUUCGUUGCAAUCGCCGGAGUCAGUGUCACGGAAGCAUUCCAUUUCUCUCGUGCGCAAGCACCAAAUACGCAUCGCCAUACUUUUGAAAUGCUCAUUUCACUCGCCAUUCAUAACUCUCCCGCAGAGACGGUCGCAGACCGAAGUGUCGAGCUUGUCAAUCUGCCCAUGAGCGCAGAAGAAGAAGAGUGGUUCGAGGAAUACCUUUUGCAUGGAGAUGGAACAAGACUCAAGAAAGCUAAAGACACGGUACUAUUCCGACGGAUGGCUACCGGUAAAUUCACGGAAUCACUAGCCGUGAAACCAAGCAACAGUCGCUCAAUUUCUGGAUUGGAUUGGAGUAGUCUUGCCCGUGGUGUAGAAAGUGGGUUAGGUCCAAGGAUGAAUGUAUGA